AUGCCGGGAACAACUGUGGUUGGGCUGGAAAAGAGACCCUGCCACAGAGUCACCGUGAAAUUCUUCACUGUCUUGCUGCUGGCCAGCUUGUCCUCCACCUGUCUCUCUGUCCUUGAUGGGCCAAAAGAUGAAAUCCACUUGGAAGCUCAGCCCACAGAUACACGGGGACAGGUCCUCUCCAAGAAUGACCAAGUCUCCAGGGAGGGCCUUUCUAAAGAGUCUGCUAUCUCCAGAGAAGAGCCGGUUUCUGAAGAGGAGGUUGUGAUCGAAUCCAUCGAGAGACCAAAGAAUCAAACUCCUGAGCUGCUUCACCCCAUACCCAGAAGGAUAGUUUUCAGAAAUGCUGCCUUUCAAUUAGAAGAGAUGACAGAACUCACUCCGGGGGCUUCAACCACCUCAGAGGAAAAACUGGCCAAGCUUGGCCAUAAAAUUGGGAAGAAUCUGGACAAAACAGUGAAAGAAACCGUGAACUAUCUGAAAAGCUUAUUCCCUCGUGCCUCUGAAGUCAAGAAGCCCUAA